UGUCAACCAAUGAUUUGACUCUACGACCGUGAGCACGCCUUGGAUUAGGCAAAUAUACAAUGUAACCUCUGAAUCAAAGCCAUACGUUGAAAUCGAAUAAGAUGUAUACAACCGAAUAGAAGUAUCACAAUCAAUUGAUAUCAGUUUACUACUAUAUAUGAAAUGUACAAUCAAUAACCACCAGAACGCCGUAGAUUCAGGGGAAAUCAGGAAUGUUUGUUCCGAGUGCAAAAACAAAACGGAAGCUGAUUUGCCCUUCCCGUGAAGUCCACAGAGAGAUCUUCAGCCACUAGUUCUUAAGUACAGCACUCACAUGGACGCUGCUAAGUGGUGAGACUUCACUGACCUUCCCUGCACUGAGAAACGGCACAAGUCUUCCGGCUCGGGAGCUGUGGACAGUGUCCGAGUGCAUGUCUCAUCGCUCUAAGAACCCUUCCCACUCUUCAAGAACCUACCCGUCAAAAGAGCUCUGCAGCCGCUGAGUUAGUUGGUCAGGCCUUCUAUCCAGCCCCUCAGCAUCAGGACUUAGAGAGGUGGCAGCCCCCACCGGCCCCUGUGACUGGAGCUGUUCAGGGGGGAAGGGAAGGAGACCACUGACUGGUGCAUCACUUUCCCUUGAGAUGAAGCUUCAAGCCGUGAUGGAGAACCUUCACAGGCAGCAGAGGGCCAAGUUGCUGAUGGAACUGGAGCAGCAGCAGCUGCAGCAGGGUGGCGCUCUGCAGGGUCACGGAUGUACCUCCGCCCGCAUUGGGGAUGAGCUGAUGGGAAGCCCCGCCCCCGAGGCGGAGCACGCCCAGAUGGCGGCGCUGGCAGCCAUGAGAGCAGUGGCGGCAGGGCUGCAGAGGGCCUCAGACAGCCCCACUUCAGAGCGCAGCAUUAAGGGAGAGGAGGAGGAUGACGAGGAUGAGGAAGGAGAGGAGCAGUACAAGGAUAUGAUGGACUCUGUGGAAGAGGAGCAGAUAAAGCAGAAGUGGGAUGAGGAGGACUUUGAGGGGGAGAUGGAAGAGGACUACGAGGACGAGCUAGUCAACGAGGGCCUGCCUACAGGCCGGGAGGCGGUGGCCCCGGGGAAGGGCAUCCUGCUGCUGCCUCACCGCCAGCUGCACCCCCACUCCCAGCUGCUGAAACCGGCCCGGCCCAGCACCGACCUAGACCAGGAGCCCAGAGCGGCCAUCCUCCCCCCACAUGGAUCCCAGAGCCAGCUGGGUGGUCUGGACCAUGGGGACUGGACCUACGAAGAGCAGUUCAGACAGCUCUAUGAACUAGAUGGCGACCCUAAGAGAAAAGAGUUUCUGGAUGACCUAUUCAGCUUCAUGCAAAAGAGAGGAACCCCUGUGAACAGGAUCCCCAUCAUGGCCAAGCAGGUCCUGGACCUGUACAUGCUGUACCAGCUGGUGACAGAGAAGGGAGGCCUGGUGGAGGUCAUCAACAAGAAGCUGUGGAGAGAGAUCACUAAAGGACUCAACCUGCCUACCUCAAUUACCAGUGCUGCCUUUACUCUCAGGACACAAUACAUGAAGUACCUGUACCCAUAUGAAUGUGACAAGAGGAGCCUCAGCAACCCCAAUGAGCUCCAGACAGCUAUCGACAGUAACCGGCGGGAGGGCCGCCGGCAGAGCUUCGGCAGCUCCCUCUUCACCUACUCCCCUAAUGGGACCCCCACCAUGCUGUCCUCCUCCAAGAUGUCCAUGCAGAACAUGGGGAUGAACGUGACCACCAACGGAGCAUCUCUCACUCCCAUCCAGAAAAUCAAGAAAGAAGAUGAGGGCGGUCAGCCCCUGUCUGGCGUGGGCCGCAUGUCUGGGCAUCCUCUGGCGGGUCACUCGGUGGCAGUGGUGCAGGCGGCAGCGGCCCAGGCAGCCAUGGCGGCCCAGGUAGCGGCUCUGGAGCAGCUGAGGGACAGACUGGAGGCGGGCGAGCCCCCGGAGAAGAAGAUGGCUCUGCCUGCCGAGGAGCACCAGCGACUGCUGCAGAGAGCGUUGCAGCACAACCUGCUGGCCAUGACCGCCCAGAUGCCCAUGAACAUCCGCAUCAACAACCAAGAUGGCCGGCAGGACUCCGCUCUCAAUCUCACCACAAAUGGCAUGAGCAGCAUCAGUAUGUCAGUGGAGCUCAAUGGAGUCAUGUACACUGGUGUGCUUUUUGCUCAGGCAGCAGGGUCAGCCUCGUCAGGCCCCUCUGGAUCAUCAAGUAACAACAAAGCCCCUGGUGGGCGCAGUGGAUCCCAGCCGCUACCCUACACACCUACCUCAAUCAACCCAUCAUCUUAACAACUCAACUCCUUCCCUUUUUGAUGCCAAAACUAAAGCCAAAAGAAACAACCACAUUUUCUAAAUAGUCUAUGCCAAAAAAACAUAUACAGUAAAACACAAACUAAAACUCAGUGUACUUCAAGUGGUCUCUCUCAGGUUCUCUCAUAUCUUCUCCCCUCUUCUGUUCUUUAGCCAAAAUAAGUUUGAAUAACCCAACAAAGAGCCGGUAUAUGAUUACGAUAUAUGCACAGCCUGUGAAUAAUUUAUUUCUACAUAAAUGCAGUGAUUAUCUAAGAACAAAUAAAAAUAAUAGGUUGGAAGGGUAAUACACUGUUUACACAUUUAACACAGCUACUGACUCACAAUUAAACUUAUUUUAUUUUUAACAUUAUUAUUCUCAUCUUUAUUAUUAUUAUGAUUAUCAUCACUAACAAUAUAGUCAAUGCAAAACAUAUAUAUAUUUGGAUUCUAUAAAGCAGAACAUUUUAAAUAUCUUCUAUUUUAAGUAGAAAAGCCUUAAAGAUGUUAUUUCUUCAGGGCAUAACAAAGUAACAUUGUGACCUCAUGUUAUAGAAAACCUCUACAUUUGCAUAAUGCAGUCGCACACAAAUCAAUCUUUGUUGAGAUUUUCUAUUAAUUGUACCUCAGACACAGAUAACUCCCCCCCCCCCCCCGUGGAAGUCAACAGGAAUUGUUAAUUCUCAUUGGUACUUACAUGUGCAGACAUGUUGGUUUUUCUCAGGUGUCCGCCAGCUUGCUGUGAAACAAUAACUGUGUGUUUCACUGCUCUAUGUUUCUGUCAUAGUUACAAACUAUACAACUGUAUUUGCUGGUUUGAGUGUUUGUUACUUUCAUGACCCGUUUAAACCAUUUGUUUUUAGUUUUAGAAUUUAGUUUUCUAUCCGGUUGUCUCAUCAAUUACCCAGGGUCCUCUGUACUUUUAUAAGUAGAGGGAUCAUCACUCUGAAGUUAGCUGCUCUUUUGGAUGUCUUUACUUGCAGCUUUUAGUAGGGGAUUGAUGGGUGCAGGAAUUCUUAGCUCUGCAAUAGUGCGGCUUUAAAACAGAUUUGGGGUUGAAGUAGCUUUACUUAGGGGCUUGAAAUCAUGUCUUAAAAGCACCUACACAUUGAUAUGACAUCUUCAUAACAACAAAGCGUUUAUGAAUUUAGCUACAGGAUUGGGGUGGAAAAGCCAAUCAAUUCCUGUCUUUGGAUCAGCACUGCUCUUUAAAUUGACCUUUUGACCCCCUUGUCCCCAAGGCAACAUCUGAGCAUCUGGUAAUUAAGAAAAUAUCUAUUUUUAUCAGGUAGGUAUCCAUUGAUUUGCAGCGAUCAGAAAUAUUAGCAUUUUAACUGCUAAGGUACCACAGCUACUAUGAAGGUUGUUUUUGCAUCUUCAAGAAACUGCAUGGAUUCACACUCAGUACUUUUUUUUUGAAUUUAGAAUCCUCAGCGAGGGUGGAUUUUUGAAUUCAUUGUACUGACAAUCAGGAGAUGUUACAACAUUGUAUACCUCGUGUGCUCUAUUUUUCCACAAUGAAGCCCCUCUACCUCAAAGACUAUGAUUAGACUAUGUCUCUUGUAAGAUCAUUACACAGUACCUUAAUGAAGUAGUAUAUUGCGGUUAUAUCUUAAAGUGUGAUAUAUCAUGCUGCGCUUCAUGACUUGGGUUUAUACUGUACAAUGCAUUGACAGAGAUAAGAGAUUGUAGUUAGAUUGUGGUCAGGGAAUUCAGCUUUUGAUAAAUAAUGGUUGGAAGGAUAGAUUAUUGCAGACAAUCAUAUUAAACCUUUAAUCUUUCCUCUAUCAUAGCUGAUGAUAAUUACUUUGGAUUGUUUUGGCAACAUGCAAUGGAGACCAGGGUAGCCUCAGUCAGAAAUACUUAUUUGACUGCUCUGGGAUGCUGCCCCCUGGUGGAUUUAUUUGUUACAGCGCACAACCACGUUUCAGGGAUGGAUAUGUUUGUUCUUUUGGCCCUUAUAGCUAGCGUACAGAAGUAUUGUCUUUAAAGAAAUUACUUGCCUUUCCCCUGUUUAUAUUUGAUUGCAACCCCCCCCCCCCCC